AUGAUUCAACUGAUGUCUUCGCUGGGACAUUUCUGGUUGCUUGAACAUCCGGAAGAUCUGGGUCGCCUGCCCAAUGGCGAUGACCCAGCUAGCAUUUGGCAAUGGCCUCAGAUCCGGACUGCAGUGGGCGACGCCCCUUGUUGGGGCCUCCGCCAGUGCGAUUACUCCGCCGAUACUCCAAAACCUACUCGCUUGGCUUCGAAUCUGCCUGGGGCUCGAGUCUUUGGGUCUUCCUGGCCCUCCUUUCAGGAAGAUGGGACAUAUGCAGGGCCCAUCCUUCGUUGUGAUCACCAUCACGGACCAGGGGCUCGUUGGUCAUCGGGCCAGUGGCGCACUGCCGGUACUGAAGCUUACCCAUCCCCGCUUUGUGCCUUUCUUGCUGACCUGAUUGCCUCGGCACUUUCUGCUUCCUUUAGCACGGAUGGUCCGGAACAGCAUGCUGCUGAACAGUUUGCUAAGUUUCUCUUGCAGCAGGACAGGCCCCCUGCUCCACACGAUGCCGAAGCACUGAUCACCCUCUUGCCACUGGAGGCCCCGCAUGUCAGUGCUCAGACUGCGGCUGGGCAAGCCUUCUUUGGCGGGGCAUACUGCAAAGGGGGAGUUGUUGGCCUUCGUAGGUCCUGCCGCGAAUUCCCGGCCACCCUUCGGGUCCUGUGCACUUUGCUCCGCCAUGCUUUUCCAGGCCAGAUCUUCUCUUCUGUUGCGGUCUUUGUGGAUGCAGCCACACAGAUGCCUCGGGAUUCACAUAAUGCACCCUAUCCAAAUCUUCUGCUAGCACUUUCGACGUUCUCCAAUGGCCAGGUGUGGCAGCAGGAUCAGAAUGGGGAUGUCUGGCGCACGGUGCAUGGGACUCCGUGUCCGGGGGUCCUCUUGGAUGUCGCUCGGGCACCACAGCUUCUUCGAGCUUGGGAGUCUCGGGUGGUGCUCGUUGGCUACUGCGUCCGCCAACUGCCGGCUCUUGACGUGAGCUCGCUGUCCUUGCUUUCGCACUUGGGCUUUCUGCUCCCGCCGUCAGUCACUGCUGGCGUUGCCCGGGGUGAUACAGCAGAGACCUUAGCGGAGCCCUCGGGUCCUGUCGCCGAUGCUGGGACACCCCUUGCAUCUGAUAAGGAGUGGCAGCAUGCUGAGCGGGUGCAAAGGGCGAUCCGGAACUUUGUGCUAGAGGAGGUUGGUGACUUGCGCAAGGCUGCUUUGCAACUGGCUGUCGGAAGGAUGAAGUCGUCCCCCUUUAGUGAACAGGGCGUGCAGCGUUUGAGGCAGCAGGUUGCAAGCAUGCUGCCAGACCCGGAUCUGGCUUUGCAGGUCCCAGAGCGCCAGCCUUUCUUGUUGCACUUGUUGUCGCAGUCCUUGAAGUUGCUGGGUGAUCCAGAUUGGGCAUGCCUCUCUCAAGGGGAGGAGUGCUUUGCGAUGGGCGUGCCACUGGGUGACGAGGUUCCUUUGCCGCGUACGCCGCAGGUGUACCGGGAACGUGUGAAGGAGCGGACCUUGGAUGUCACCCCCUUUCAGCAAAUCAUGAAUAACUAUGAGUCUGCGGAGCUUUCAGCCGAUAAGCUUGAAGAACAUUUUGCUGCGGAGGAACGGGCCGGUCGCAUGAUCCCGAGCACGGAACCUGCCCUGCGGGCAGAGUAUGGGGACACCUUGCUGGUGGCCUCGAUGGGUGCCUUACUUAAGCCGAAUGGCGACAUCCGUCCGCUGCACGACGGGACUCAUGGCAUUGGCUUGAACAAUCGUAUCAAAAUUCUCGAUCGCUUGGAAAUGCCGGGACCGGAUGAAAUCCUUGAGACGGUUGCUUUGGGGCAGGAAUCUAAAGAGGCAGUGUUUUGCAUUUCUGCAGAUAUCGCUCAGGCUCACCGCCUGACCAAAGUCCGCCGUGCCGAUUGGGCCAAGCUUGGAUGCAAGGCACGCAGUGAGGCGCGUACUGUUUGGGUAAAUACUGUCGGCACGUUUGGGAUUUCCUCUGCUGCCUAUCACUGGUCCCGCUUGUUCGGCUGUAUAGGCCGUUGGGUGCACAGGGUCAUGCUGACCGUUUGGCAGAUGCAAGUCGUGUUUGCGGAUGAUCUUCACCUCUUGACUGCUGGACAGCACAAAUUCCUCACGAUGUGGAUGUGCCUGGCUGCCUACGAGUUGGUUGGCACGCCGUUUGCCUAUCGUAAGUUCCGGGGCGGUACUGUUGUGGAUUUUGUGGGAUAUGAAAUCUCAUACUCUGAAUGGAGGGCUGGCAUCUCCGAGCGGAGGUGCUCGUGGCUGGUCAAGUGGAUUCUGGAAGCCGAGCAGGCUGACUGGAUCGUGGUGGGGCGGUCGGUGAUCGAGCUCGCUGGGAGGCUUUCCUUUGUGGCUCGCUUGCUGACUUGGAUAAAGCCAUUCUUGUCCCCCUUGCACUCAUGGUGCGCUGUCCUCGCCCGAGGCACAGCGGUUCGAAUGCCUGUGUUGGUCUAUCUUUGCCUGAUCUUCGUGAGGCGUCAGCUGCAGGAUCGUGGACGCUUGGUGCGGCCUGUUGUAGACUGGCGGGCCUCUCGCCAGGCCUUUCGCACCGAUGCCAAAUGUGCACCGAAUCGUGUGGUCCUGGGUGGCUGGCUGUUGGGCCAGGAGGGAAUUCCCCGGAAGGCCCCGUGGUUCUCUCUUGCCCUUUCCCCGUUGGAGGCACCGUGGUUGUUUAAGCCGAAUGGAGAAUCACAGUGGGCCUCGACGGCUGCUGAGCUGCUUGCAUCGUAUGUCGCAUUGGUUGCUUUCGGGUUGCUGGAGGGUUCACGUGCAUUCGGGGAUACCUUUGAUGCCGUGCUGGUUGGUGGCACGGACAAUCAGGCGACCCCUCAGGCGCAGGCCCGGGGUUCUUCUGCCUCGUGGCCACUUCUUGGCAUCUUGAUGCAAGUCACUGCAACUCUGCAGCCGCAUGGAGCUCAGAUGAAGUUGGUCUGGCGGCCGCGUGAGACUAAUGUUGAGGCAGAUGAUUUGACUAACGAAAAUUUCGCCUUGUUUGACAGUGAGCAGAGGGUCAAGGUUAGCUGGGACGACAUUCCGAUGGAUUUUAUGCGAGAGCUUGCAGCUGCUCACGAGGAUUUCCUUGAAGCGAAGUCUUUGGCACGUGCAUCUUCAGGCCCUAAGAUGAAGAGUUCGAAGAAGCAGAAAUUGGCGGAGAGAACCUCGUGGUGA